GCGGCUCGAGACAAAGCCUUGCACGAUUACCAGAAGAAGUUACUGGAGCACAAAGAGAUCGAGGCCAAGCUGAAGACGAUGCGCGAGGACUCCAAGGCCCUGAGCCAGCAAUACGACAAGUCCGAGAACGACCUGAAGGCCCUGCAGAGCGUGGGCCAGAUUGUGGGCGAAGUAUUGCGCCAACUCACGGAAGAGAAGUUCAUCGUGAAGGCCACCAACGGGCCCCGCUACGUGGUGGGCUGUCGCCGACAACUAGACAAGAGCAAGCUCAAGCCCAGCACGCGCGUAGCCCUGGACAUGACCACGCUCACCAUCAUGCGGUACUUGCCGCGCGAGGUCGACCCUCUGGUCUACAAUAUGUCUCACGAGGAUCCGGGCGACGUGAGCUACUCGGCCAUUGGCGGGCUCUCCGAGCAGAUCCGAGAGUUGCGGGAGGUGAUCGAGUUACCUCUGCUGAAUCCCGAGUUGUUUCAACGCGUGGGCAUCACCCCUUGGCC